AUGAGGGCGGCGGCGCGGCCCAAGAUCGGCGACAGGGCGACGAGCGACGUGGUGGUGCGGCUGCGGACGCCGGACUCGGGCCGGGACGAGUGGCUCUACUGCCACACCCGCGUGCUCGCCGCCGGGAGCGCCUACUUCGCCGACCGCCUCUCCGACGCCUGGCCGACGUGCCAGAUCCUCGACUCCCGCUACUGCGUCGAGGUCCACUGCCGCGACGCCGACCUCAGCUCCCACGUCACCGCGCUCCGCCUCCUCUACGCCGCCGAGCCCGUCUCCCGCUUCGGCGUCCGCGGCGCGCUCUCCCUGCUCGACGCCGCCGCGCACCUCGCCUGCGCCCGCACCGCCGCCGCCUGCGCCGACUACCUCGAGUCCGCCCCCUGGGACGAGGCCGACGAGGAGGAGAUCCUCGCCGCCGCCCCGCGCCUCGGCGCGCACCGCGCCCGCGUCCUCGCGCGCCUCCGCCCCGCCGAUCCGGCCCCCGCCACCGCCAUCUUCCUCUCCGCCUUCCGCCACGCGACGGCCGCGCCGUCGGCCGCCUCGCGGGAGCUCAAGCCCGCCGCCCAGGAGCAGCUGGAGUACAUGCUCACCGAGGACGACGACGCGCCGCUGCUCGCCUUCGGCGCCGGCAGCAGCGACGCCGUCAAGUCUCAGGUGAAGGGCUGCGUGACAGGCCUACUGAACAGCUUCAGCAAUUUCACCAGCUCCGCACUGACGAAGCAGAGGGAGGCCCCUUGCUCCGGCGAGCUUCAGCAGGAUCUGCACUCCUUCGUCUCCGACAUCGCCUGGGUCUGCCAGGUCCUGGGCAAGCUGGAGAUGAUGAAAUUCCUCGCAGCCUACUGGGUGGAAGCAUCGUCGGCCGUCGUCGCGGCCGUCGAGGCGGCGGCGGCGGAGUGCCACCCGGGGCCUGAAUGUCUGAAGACCAGGCUGAAGGUCGUGGAGAUAUCCGCGAAGGUCCUGGAGGCCGUCGCGUUCGGCAACGUCGUCCUCCCGGCGGAGAAGCGGCGCCACGCCGUGAGCGUCUGGAUCGGCUUCGCCGGGACAACGAGGCAUCUGGUGGAUGAAGCCGAUCGUGGCAACGACGACGGCGACGGCGACGACGAGGACGGUAAUAAUGGCGACGGAGACACUGAAGCCGAAGCUGCAUCAGCAUCAGCAGCAGCAGCAGCAGCAAAGAUCGGCCUGGACGGCGAGGUGUGGCAGGGGCUGGAGUCGGCGAUCACCUCGAUCGUGACGACGCUGCCGUCGAACACCCAGGCCGAGGUGCUGUCGGAGUGGCUUCAGUCGAAGCACGCCGCGUUCCCGGACCUGUCGGAGGCGUUCGACGCCUGGUGCUACAGGUCCAAGGUCGCCCGGAGGAGGCUGUCUUUCCUGAACAGCACCAAUAGGGCGUCCUGA